GGGGCCCGCCUCCUGCCGCAGGAGCGGCCGUGCGAGCCACAGGAGGAGGAGGAGGAGGAGGAGCGGCGGGCGCUGGGCUUCUCCCCGUGGGAGCCCCCAGCAUGGUUGACUAUAUUGUGGAGUAUGACUAUGAUGCUGUCCAUGAUGAUGAAUUAACUAUUCGAGUUGGGGAAAUCAUCAGAAAUGUGAAAAAACUACAGGAGGAAGGAUGGCUAGAAGGAGAACUAAAUGGGAAAAGAGGAAUGUUCCCUGAUAAUUUUGUUAAGGAAAUUAAAAGAGAGGCAGAAUCCAAGGAUGACAAUUUGCCCAUAAAACGGGAAAGACAUGGGAAUGUAGCAAGUCUUGUACAACGAAUAAGCACCUAUGGGCUUCCAGCUGGAGGAAUUCAGCCACACCCUCAAACCAAAAACAUUAAGAAAAAGACCAAGAAGCGUCAGUGUAAAGUUCUUUUUGAAUACAUUCCACAAAAUGAGGAUGAACUGGAGCUAAAAGUGGGUGAUAUUAUUGAUAUUAAUGAAGAGGUAGAAGAAGGCUGGUGGAGUGGAACCCUGAACAACAAGUCGGGACUGUUUCCCUCAAAUUUUGUGAAAGAACUAGAGGUAACAGAUGAUGGUGAAACUCAUGAAACCCAGGAGGAUUCAGAAACUGUUUUGACUGGGUCUACCUCACCUUUACCCUCUCCGGGAAAUGGGAAUGAAGCUGCAUCUGGAUCAAUUACACAGCCAAAGAAAAUUCGAGGAAUUGGAUUUGGAGAUAUUUUUAAAGAAGGCUCUGUGAAACUUAGGACAAGAACAUCCAGUAGUGAAACAGAAGAGAAAAAAACAGAAAAGCCUUUAGUCUUACAGCCAAUAGGAUCCAAAACUCAAAGUGUAGAGAUAAAAACAGAUACUGAAGGUAAAAUAAAAGCAAAGGAAUAUUGUAGAACAUUAUUUGCCUAUGAAGGUACUAAUGAAGAUGAACUUACAUUUAAAGAGGGGGAGAUAAUCCAUUUGAUAAGUAAGGAGACUGGAGAAACUGGCUGGUGGAAAGGUGAACUUAAUGGUAAAGAAGGAGUAUUUCCAGACAAUUUUGCUGUUCAAAUAAGUGAACUGGAUAAAGAUUUCCCAAAACCAAAGAAACCACCACCUCCUAUUAAGGGUCCAGCUCCAAAGCCUGACUUGAUUGCUGCGGAGAAGAAGUAUUUUCUGUUAAAGCCUGAAGAAAAAGAUGAAAAAUCAGUGCUGGAACAAAAACCUUCUAAACCAGCUGCUCCACAAGUCCCACCCAAGAAGCCCACUCCACCCACCAAAGCCAAUAAUAUAUUGAGAUCCUCUGGAACAGUGUACCCAAAGCGACCUGAAAAACCAGUUCCCCCACCACCUCCUAUAGCCAAGAUUAAUGGGGAAGUUUCUAUCAUUUCAUCAAAGUUUGAAACUGAGCCCGUAUCAAAACCAAAGUUAGAUUCUGAACAGUUGCCACUUAGACCAAAAUCAGUAGACCUUGACUCAUUUACAGUAAGGAGCUCUAAAGAAACAGAUGUUGUAAAUUUUGAUGACAUAGCUUCCUCAGAAAACUUGCUACAUCUCACAGCAAAUAGACCUAAGAUGCCUGGAAGAAGGCUGCCUGGCCGCUUCAAUGGUGGACAUUCUCCAACUCAGAGCCCAGAGAAAAAUUUGAAGUUACCAAAGGAAGAAGAUAGUACCAAUGUAAAGCCAUCUGAAUUGAAAAAGGAUACAUCCUACUCUCCAAAGCCAUCUGUGUAUACAACUUCAAGUGCAUCUAAAGCAAAUUCAGCUGCAUUCCUAACUCCAUUAGAAACCAAAGCUAAACUAGAGGCAGAUGAUGGGAAAAAAAAUUCCCUGGAUGAACUCAGAGCCCAGAUUAUUGAAUUGCUGUGCAUUGUAGAAGCACUAAAGAAGGAUCAUGGGAAAGAACUGGAAAAACUGAGAAAAGAUUUGGAAGAAGAGAAGGCUCUGAGGAGUAAUCUAGAGAUGGAAAUAGAGAAGCUGAAGAAAGCUGUCCUGUCUUCUUGAGGUGGUGCGGACCCAAAGGUUUUUAAUGCUACAAAGACUCAGAAGCAACACUAUGGACUUCAACUGACUGCUUACUUAACAAAUGCUGGUGUUGUGAUAAAUAUUAGCAUAUGAACUAUAAUAUCUAUGGAAAUGUAAGGAGGGGGUGAAAUUUUUUUUAUAUAUUUUGUUUUGCCAAUAUGAAAAAAAAAGAGGCCUUAUUUCUUACUGUGCUGGGAUUGCAGACUUUUUUUUAUCUGUUUGCUUGAAAAUACUACUGAAUCUGUAUAAAAAGGAAAGAAAGUUCAAAAUAGUUUUUUAUUGAAACUUGUAGUAUUAUUUUUAAAGAGAUCUAUACUAUAAAUAUGGUAAUAUCUUUACAAGUAAUCUGUAAGAUAAACUAUUUGAGAGGUUCAAAUGCUUUAUAGUAACUAUAGUCACUACUUUUCCCAUAGUGCAUAAGAGAUUUAGACUUUGUGGGUGUAUAUAUACAUAUUUACUUCUGGCUUCUUACCCAGGAUUACACUGUUGUGCCUGUUUGUCUGCAGUGCUGUUAAUAUUUUGGGUGGUGAAAUAGGAGUUUCCUAGCUGUAAACAAUAUUACCCACCCAUGCAUAUAGUGAUGAUUAGUGAAUUAUUCAAAAUAUUUCUUCAACUUUUAAAAUAUUUUAUAUUGCUUGCACUGUGGCAUUCAUAAGAGGAAUUUAGUUAAAAUGUUUUGGGUUGUUAAACAUUGGAAAUGUGAGCUUUAUUUUAAAUUUAUUAAGUCUAAGGAAUCUAAAAACAUCAGUUUAACCAUUUACUUGUGCCUAGAAACUACAGCACAUAUGAAAUAAUGUAAACACCAGCCUUACUGCUAUACUUUUCUGCAAAUAUUACUCAUUGGUGUUUUAGUUCUUCAUGGUCCUCCCUCUGAUUUUGAAUAAUGUGCAUAUUAGGAAAACAAAACACACAUCUUUUCACAAACAUGUGGUUUCAUACUUUAUAAGUAAUCAUCAUGUAAAUACUCAGGUUUUACAAUGUACAAUUUACAUAAUACAUCAAACUCAUGGGGAUAUUAUGAACUGUAAUUUAUGUACCAACUUUGGAAUGAGUGUUAGUACAGGUUAAGCAUCCCUAAUCCAAAAGUCCAAAAUAGAAAAUGAUCCAAAAUCUGAAAUUUUUUAAGCAUUAACAUGAUACCUCAUGUGGAAAAUUUCACAUAUGACCUUCAGUGAUGGAUUGCUGUCACAAUACAUACCAAAUAUAUUGUAUAAAGUUAUCUUUUGGCUAUGCAUAUAAGGUGUAUAUGAAACAUAGAGGAAUUUUAUGUUUAGAUUUGGGUCCCUUUUCCAAGAUAGCUCAUUAUGUAUAUGCAAAUACUCUAAAAAUUUAAUCACAAGAUUUGAGAUAAGGGAUACUCAACCUGCAAGUCAUAAAACAUUAUUAUACUUUAUUUAAACCAAGUAUAGUUGACCAUAAUCAAAAUACAUUUCGAUAGAAUGGAUGAAUUAGUUUCUUCAGAGUCACUUAUGAACAGCUGAAUGCUUUAAAAUGUUAUUCUAUAGGUAGUAUGUCUAAAAAUACAUGUGAGUUUAUUUAAAAUCUAAAAGUGAAAAUUUGGGUUUUAAACUAUAUUAUUUGCAAAUGAGUACUAGUUAUCAUACUUCCAUUUUUUGUUAUUCUAAACCAACAAACCAGUGUUCUUCCUUUAUGUUUUAAUCUCGUAAUACAGAAAUUGUGUAAGUGAAAUUUUGUCAUGUUGUUUGAAAAAUGAGAACUGAAGUACAAAAUAAUAGAAAUUCCAAUACAUGAUUACUUAAUGUUUAAUUUGCAACGUCUGUUUGAACUUUGAGGAAAGCUAAUUGUGCAUUGAGUAUGUAUAUUUGAAUUCUUUAAAGUCUUCAGAUUCUUCUACCAAACAGAAUUAUUGUCCCCUAUUUUGUUAAGUGACUUGCCAAAUGAAUGAUUUCAUUCUUGUUAAGUAAAUUAGACCUAGAAACCAUCCUCCAGCUUUCCCACUGAAAAAAACAAUAGUUACCCCUUACCACCUGAAUAAUGAGGUGGGGGGAUGUUCUAGCAGAUUGCAGACUAUUUUUAGUUUUUUGGGUCAUUUUUCAGUUGUGCAUAAAAUCAGUAUGGUCAUGUGAGUACUGAAAUAUAUUUAAAGCUUUUGCUGGUAUGUUUCUCAGUCAAAAUAGACAAGUAAUUGAAGUACUAUGUCUGUUUUUCUGCCCUUGACAAAAUAAUAAAGAAAAACCAAACAAAUAAAAAUUAAAGGGGAAAAUUACUCCUUUGAUCUAACAAUUUAUCAGUAUUGCUCUUGUUAUGGUGAAUUUCACUAAUUUUUUGUCCUACUGAUGUUCAUAUCACAAAGUGAUAUGCAAUAAAAAUAGCCUUCACUUGGAAGAUAAAUCAUUUGGUUUUUUCCCCCACACAUAAAUAUAAAUAACAGGUUCAAGGUAAAUAGCGUGGAAUCUGUUGUUGCCAAAUUUUUACUGAAUGUAUUGUUCAGGUUUGCUAUUCUUUGAAACAUGUAAUACUAAUACUAGUUUCAGUUGUAUUUCAAUAUUAUUUGUGUGUGUGACCAUUAAACUUCUGUCUUAUUUUAAAGCGGUUACCUCUUUCCAACUUCACAGAAUUUUACAGAAUUAAAUAAAUUGUAAGGAUUUUACAAAACUUUAUAGAAAAAUCUGAAGAUGCAGAGAGAACAAGCCUUUUGUGACAAAGGAUACUCUUUUUUAUGCUCCAUACUAUUGAUCAGAAAAAAAAAAAUUAAGUAUUCUCCAGAUUUUUUGAUAAACAUCUUAUGCUUGCAUUUAAACUUGAAGUGUAUGAACAGAAUGAGACAAUCAGUUAAAAUCAGAAAUACAAAGUGUUACAAUUUAAUGGCCUUGUUUUGCUGUAGCAAUAAAACGACCAAGUGCAAUGACUUGAUUAAAUAAAAUCAUCUUUUAAAAGUUGCUGCUAUGAAUAUUUUUAGCUAUAAAAUUUUAGCCUUGUUUUCGCCUGACUCGCCUUCAGUAAUUAUUAUGUAAUGCAAUUGAUGUUGUGGUAAUCUAACAUUCCAAAAAAAAAAACCAUACAUAAAUAUAUAUAUAUAUAUAUAUAUAUGAGGAAUCUCAAAAUAGUAUUUCACUGACUUGUUUACAGGUGCUGUAAAAAAGCAUGCUUCUCCCUUCAAAAAGAAUUAAUAAUAAAAAAUAAUUGAAUUGCC